AUGCUCUUACAAUUGCUUACAAUUAUUGCUAUAUGUGGUAAUCUUGAAGGUAAACCAGUUAUAAUCCGGAAUGUAUCUGAUUGUAGUAUAACUGAAGAUAAAAUUCUUCAUUAUCAAGGUAAACAUUCAUUUACAAAAUUUGAACAUGAAUGUUUACCAUGGACUGAUUUACAAAUAAUCCAUCCUGAUAUAAUAAAUGAAGCGAAUUUUUUCAAUGAUCCAUCAGUAAAACAAGCAAAAAAUUAUUGUCGUAAUCCAAGCAUGAAUAUAAAUGGACCAUGGUGUUUUGUUCAAGAUGAAAAUGAAGACAGUGUUAGUAUGGAAGCCUGUGAUGUUUGUCAAAGUCUUGCUUCUCGACCAACAUUACCAACAAAUAUCGGAAGUAUUGAAGAAGUUCCUGUUGUUGCUGUAGAUAAUAAUUUCUUUAAUAAUGUUCGCGAUGAGAUACAACGAUAUGGUGUUUAUCUUAGACAAAAAUUGAUGGAAAUGUUUGAUCGUAUGAGAGAAAAAAUGAAACAAUUUGGAACAAGUAUUUCAGAUCGUUUCAAUUUUAGUGGUUAA